GGUCGUUGGAAGGGGACUUGUUAUUUACUUCUUGAUGUCUUGUUCACGUGGGUUCAUGAAGCGCUACGGUAUGUGACUUGUGAAACAUAUCCGGUCUCAUGUCUUGUCAUGUGAGGAUGGGAAAUAUUCUCUUAUUUUUUUUCCUUCUUUUCCCUUUUUGAUACUCUACCGGGAUGUGUGCAAUGUUGGAGGUUUUCUCAAUUAUUUACUUUCGACGCCUUUUCUUCCUCUUCACUACUCGAUGGAUACGUAUAGUCUACAUCGCCACCGCUACUACUACCCUCUUACUCUCCCGUGAGAAAUUUUCCUUUGUUGCUGGGUGUUCGGUACGGACGCGGUUGCGGUUUGCGGAGGGGUCGGGGUCAGUCAGUCAGAGGCGGCGGGCACGGCGGGAUGCAGAGUUCUGUCAGAGUCAGACGAUCGACGGGGCGGGCGGGCCAAUGUGGCACAGCACGACACACGACACACGGCGGUUAGCGGUUGAAACGGGGGUGGUCGAGACACAAAACCUCGCAGCAUCACCCAAACAAGAGAGAGCAAUGCCCCGAAUAGGGAAACAAGUCCAACGAAUCGAAAAUGUCGAUACCAUACCAUACCGUCCUCUCCUGUCCCGGAAACUUCUUCCCGAAUACACCGCGUCUCGACUCUCUGACUGACUGACUGACUGACUGGCCUCUUUUUUGGAACCUUCUCAUUCUGCUUCUUCUUUCCCAUUUUCCCACCUAUUCUCUCUCCUCCCACACCUCCCCCCGCUGUAGUUGUACGACGUACGUAGGACACACAUCCAACCCCCCCAGCACACACACAUACACACAGAGGGUACGCAUAAAGUCUUAUACUUUUGCACCGCUUGUCGUGCGUGUGCGCGGGCGGUGGGUUCUCGAAAUGUUCGAAUCUUUUUUUUGUA